CACAAACGUACGGACGAAUGAUAUCACAAACGUACGGACGAAUUAAAUCACAAACAUACGGACGAAUGAUACCACAAACGUACGCACAAACGUACGGACGAACGAUAUCACAAACGUACGAACGAAUGAUACCACAAACGUACGGACGAAUGGUAUCACAAAUGUACGGAAGAAUGA